CGACCUGCGAGCUUUAAGAAGAAAAACUGAACUGGGCCACUGACAUGCAACAUGUCCUCGAGUCAAAGUGAUGAAAAAGUUGUGAUGAAUCCUGACAUUGGAGAGCUCGCUGAUCUGAGAAACUCAAAAGGACACGGGUUCUUUUGUUUCGAACAUGAUGGGCUGUACCUUUUUGUGCCGCCCCCUCCCAUGCUGAAGGAAGGUCAUCCUGUAGACAGAAUGAAAAGUAUCAGAGAAUCCGAACUGAAGGAUGAUGACAUCAUUAUCUGUGCGUAUCCCAAAUGUGGAACCCAUUGGUUGUGGGAAGUCCUCGAGAUGCUAAUCAGUGGGACCAUCAAGUAUCAAAAGGAUGUCAAAGAGACCCGGAUGAUUGAAUUCAUCUUCAAAGAUGGAAUAGAAGCGGUGCCACAGCCACGUGUCUUCAACAGCCACCUCCCCCUGCGCAUGCUCCCUAAACAAGUCGUGGAGAAGAAGAUCAAGUGUUUCCAGAUCAUGAGGAAUCCUAAAGAUGCCUGUGUGUCCUACUUCAACCACCUCAGAGAUAUGGAAAAACCGUAUAAUUAUGAAGGCGACUUUGUGGAGUUCACAGAGGCGUUUUUGUCAGAGAAAUUGCCGUUUGGAUCCUAUUCCACCUAUCUGCAUGCAUGGACAGAGGAAAAGGCAGCUGUGCAAGAUUUACCUGUCCUGAAUUUGUUUUAUGAGGACAUGAAAAUUAAUCCUGUCAAGUCUGUGAAAGAUAUCGCAAGAUUCCUAGGCCUUUCAUCCACAGACCAGUUCUGUGAAGAAGUUGCGAAUGCAUGCUCCUUUAAGAAGAUGAAAAAAGUUGAUCAGGAAAUGAAAACUAAACCUGACAUGAAGAUAUGGGCGGAUGGCACGGAAGGAACCUUCUAUAGGAAAGGUGAAAUAGGAGACUGGAAAAAUUGGUUCACUGUGGCAGAAAACGAGAGAUUUGAUCAAAUAUGGAACAAGAAGAUGAAGGAUUCUGGUUUCGAGUUUACCUAUGCGCCUGCAUGAGAUCGAAGCAAAUGCAAGGGUUUCAUGUGAACUGAUAUUUAAAAUUUAUGAUCGCCAAGAACAUGUUGUUUUAUAAUGUUUCAUAAAAUCAUUUUACACGGGCAAGAUGAUGUCAGACGAUGCUUUCUUUAUGACUUUACGUAACACAUGACUUCAUUAUGGCCCUUCCUUCCACGUUUAAUGCGUUUGUUGCUGAUACGUUUUAGCCGUAUUAGCGGUUUAGGUUCUUUAGAAUGGCAUGGCGUUGUGCUGCGACAGGAACUGUAGCUGUGAUUAAUGACACCAACUGAAGCAUGACGUCGUUCGGAUCUAUCAUGAGACAAAAACAGUCACACUAAUAUAGGUAAAAGUAAGUUCACGAAACCGAAUGUGUAUACCGCUCACUAUUGAUAACAAUGCAACAAUGUCAUUUUCAGCCAAAAGCAGAGUGAAUAUCAUUUCUAUGUAAAACUAUUUUUCUUUGUUGAACUGAAGGGGUCGUUGUCGGCACGCGUACUGCAGAUGUGUACUCCAGGUACGAUUGUGUAUACAGAAACGUACUCUAGCCAAAAUCAACGUACAGAAACGUACCCAAGAACGAGUCCAUUCUGUUCUAUUAUAUUCAGUUGAGUGGGUUACAUGAGAAACGAGCAUCCACAGUAACGAAUAUUUCGCGAUGCACAAAACCACUUGCAAUUAGUUGAACGGGAACUCCAUUGGUUUCGUUUUGGGGUUGCGGAAUAUGAGGGUAACGGGUACGUUCCUGUAUUUUGAGGCGAAUGUAGAAACGUACCUGUGGGAAAUAUCUGUGUACUUGUGCCGACAACUACCCUUUCAGCCUUAGCUGAUAUUUAUUGCAGUUUGACAAUCGACUGAUUGUACUAUGAUUCACUCAUUAAAUAAAUAUUUGUUCAUCAGCUCAGACUUGCAAAUCAACAGG